AUGGAUGAUCAUUCAAAUAAAUCCAAUACUAAUGAUCGGCCACCAGUACGUAAAGCUAAAACAAAAGGAAAUUUUAAUCGUCAAAUAUCAACAUAUAUUGAUAAUACAACAUCAUCAUCAUCUGCAAGUGAACAUAAACCAGUACCAAAUAUUGAUACUGUUCAUAUAAUGGAAUCUUCCACUUAUACAGAACAUGAUGCUUUGUUUGAUGAUAAAGCACCAAUAACAUGUUUAUAUUUUCGUGCUACAUGUACAAGACGACAUGGCAUUGAUUUUCAAAAUACUUCUUUCAAUUAUUUGGUUAUCAACAAAUAUAUAGAAGGAGGUGAAAUAUUUGCCUAUGUACAAAAUAAUAAUAAUAGAAUAUUAGGAAAAAUAAAAAACGAAAAUAAUGAACUACAUCAUGAUAAACCUGCUUUAUUAAGUAUGAAGAAAAAUGAUAAUACAACAAAAUUCAUCAUCACACUUGGUGAAAUGCCAUCAUUAGAUGAAACACAUAUCGUUUUUGGUGAAAUAAUGCAAGGAUUUGAAGUUUUUGAAUUAAUUAAUAGAGAAGCUGUUGAUAAUAUUCUUCGUGGUGGUGGUGGUGCUACUUCUGCUGAUGAUAGUAGUCUUCAUGGUGGUAGUGCUUAUUCUGCUCGUAAUGCUACUGAUUCUGUUGGUAUUCAUCUUGAAGAUAUAUUAAUAUAUUCUUGUGGUGAAAAACAAUAA